AAAUCAAAACACCAUGGGUCGCUUUGGAAAGCUUGAAACUGAUGUACAUAUCAAAGCUUCAGCUUCAAAGUUCCAUGAAAUAUUGCACAAAAGAACCCACCGUAUCUCCAAUGUCUCUACCGACAAAGUGCACGGCGUUGACCUACUCGAAGGCGAAUGGGGCGAAGUUGGCUCCAUCAUCUGCUGGAGAUAUUUUCACGAUGGGAAGGCUAGAGUGACAAAGGAGAGAAUCGAAGCAGUCGACAAACAGAACAAUUCGAUCACUUUCACCGUGAUCGAGGGAGACCUUACGGAGAAAUACAAGAGCUUCAAGUUUAAUAUCCAAUGCAUUCCAAAGGAGAAGGGAAGUGUGAUUCAUUGGGUUUUAGAAUAUGAAAAGCUACAUGAUGAGAUCCCUGAUUCACAUUCUAUGCUUCAGUUUUGUGUAGAGAUGUCUAAAGACAUUGAUGCUCAUCUUAUGGAAGGCAGUGAAGAACCCUAUCAUAAUGACAUAAGUGGACAGAAAUGUGAAGCCCUCUCUAUAAAUAAGUCCAAGAAAAGACAUGUUUGGCAUUGUCUAAUCUUUCUUGGCUUAAAUCAAAACACCAUGGGUCGUUUUGGAAAGCUUGAAACUGAUGUACAUAUCAGAGCUUCAGCUUCAAAGUUGCAUGAAAUAUAUCACGAAAGAACUCAUCAUAUCUCCAAUGUCUCUACCGACAAAGUGCACGGCGUCGACCUACUCGAAGGCAAAUGGGGUGAAGUUGGCUCCAUCAUCUGCUGGAGAUAUUUUCAGGAUGGGAAGGCUAGGAUAGCAAAGGAGAAAAUCGAAGCAGUCGACAAAGAGAACAAUUUGAUCACUUUCACCGUGAUCGAGGGAGACCUUAUGGAGAAAUACAAGAGUUUCAAGUUUAAGAUGCAAUUCAUUCCAAAGGAGAAGGGAAGUGUGAUUCAUUGGGUUUUAGAAUAUGAAAAGCUGCAUGAUGACAUUCCUGAUUCACAUACUAUGCUUCAACUUUGUGUUGAUGUCGCUAAAGACAUUGAUGCUCACCUUAUGGAAGGCAGUGAAGAACCCUAGCCAUAUUGCUGCACUCAGUUAUGGGGUACUUUACGUAUAAAUAAUUUGGC